CAUCACUUUCCUCUGAAAAAAGAAAAAACAGGAACUUUUCUUGUAGAUUUUAUUAACUUUUAUCAUUUGCAACCUACAGCAAUAAAGAAGAAAAAAAGAAGAAAUAAAAAUGACAAAAUCAGGUGCAAUUAUUCUAAUUGCCAGUGCUAUUUGUUUGUUUUCCCUUAUUGGGAUAACUCAGGCGCAGGCUCAGGCUCCGGCUCCGGCUCAAGCUCGGGUUCAGUUCCACGUGGAAGGAAAAGUUUAUUGUGAUUUUUGCCGAGCUCUAUUCGAAAACAGGCUCAGCAAACCCAUGGAAGGUGCGGAGGUGCGGUUGCAAUGCAGAAACAGCACAGACGACAGUGUUACCCUGACGGUUGAGGGCCAAACCGACAAGAAUGGCGUCUACAGCCUCCUCGUGGAACGCGACCACGAGGACGAAAUCUGCGAGAUGAUACUAAUGAAGAGUAGCAUGGAAGAUUGUUCUGAGAUACCAAGUGAAGGCCAUGCAAAAGAAUCUGCAAGAAUUACUAUCACUAGCAACAAUGGCAUGGCUGAGACGACUCGUCACGCUAACCCUUUAUUUUUUGUGAAGAAACAAGCUGCCCCUGAGUGUGCUGAAGUCUUUAAAGAACUUGAAUUGUUGCCUGAAGAAAUUGAUCAAGCUUAAUUUUACUGAUUAAUUAACAAUUUCCCCAUGUUAAUUAAUUUUUUUUAUGUAAUUGUUAGUAUUACAUAAAUUAUUUUUUCUAGGACUUGCAUAUAUGCAAGUUCUAAGAGAAGAUUUUAGUAUACGUUGUUUUAGUGUCAAUUUGGUUUCGGAGUUAUAUGCCUGACAUUGUAGAUUGAGAGCUUUAAUUUGUAGAGAUCUCAAUUUAUGUAAUACAAAAGCAAACGAAAUAAUAAAAUUUUGUAUGUUAAAUUCCUUCUUAAA